GAAAACCUUGUUUACUAUAAAAAUAAAAUUGUACUUUUUGACAUAUUAAUUUAAAUAUAAUGUAUAUCGAUAAGUAAUUUAAACAUGAUAUAAGUUUUUAUGAAUAAUUAUAACUUGUCGAAUUUCGUUGUUCUAGUCUAAUCAUAUAACAUUAGUUACAGAUGCUGUCCAAGAUGUUAUAUCCAUGUACUUUACUAAGGAAUCGGCCGAUCAACUGAAAUGCAAUAUUUGCUCCACGGUAUUAACGACAGAUGACAAUAAUACAGCACCUAAAGAGCACAUCAGGGACUCUCACAGAGGCGUUUACGAGUUGCACAAGGAUAUCCUGGAAUGUUCCAUGGGAUACCAGAUAGAGUUCCUACAAUUCAGUGUGUCGGAUAGUCGGACUCAACCUGUGAUAAUAGAAGAGAUAUGCGAGACUCAACCUGAAGUUAUCCAGGAUCAGUUGCCCAAAAAUGUCGAGAACCGGCAGUAUAUAUUUCUAUCAAGCGUAAAAAGUGAUGAUACAUGCAGAAAACGGAGCUGGGUAUGGAAGUAUUUCGAUAAGUUGUCGCAGACCAUAUUUCGGUGCAACCUUUGCAACGUCGUUCUAUCGAUAAAGGGGUGCAAUAGUAACAACAUGAAUCGCCACAUCCGCUCGAGACAUCCGGUCAUCUACGGCAGUGAACUAGAGAUGAAGAUCAAAAGUGACGAGAAGCGGACAGAUAUAUUAAGCAAGGGCAAGCCGCUACGGAGUUGGGUGUGGACGUAUUUCAACCGCGAUUCGAGGACUCGAGCUACUUGCAAGCUGUGCGACAAGACCAUCAACCACGGGGGCAACGCCACCGGCAACCUCAACAGACAUCUGAAAAUCAUCCACGAGAAGAAUGAUGAUCCCCACUACUGGAUUUGGAAAGUUUUUGAUAAUGACUCUGAAGACUAUUAUUCGUGCAAAUUGUGCACUUUUAAACUAGCGAAGACCGACAAUUUUGAUAUCUGCGUGCAGAUAAUACUUGACCAUUUGAAAGACCAGCACGCUUUGGUGUCGGCGGAGCAAAUUUUCACUGUUAAAGACUACGAAGGGGAUGAAGGAUAAAGUUAAACCGUCUUACACCUGCUACUGUAAAUUAUGUAUAAUUGUAAAAUAACUUGAUAUAUUUAUAUUAAGUUAUUUUUAGGCCACGGAAGUUGUCAUGAUGUAAGUCAUUAUUUGGAGUGACUGAUUAAGACUACUUGAUGCCCUAAGCAAUCCAUGCCAUUGGGCCC